UCAGUCAGUCAGUGUAUGACAACUGGUGUUUUAUUUCACGGGAUUCAGUCAGAGAAAGUAAAUUGCAAGUUUUUUAAGAUUUUCGACUCUGAUUAGUGAAAUGAAUACUUCCGCGUCGUGAGAAAUGAUAUUAUUGUUGAUAGGAGAAUGGACACUGUGCCAAAAUACGAAUUGUGUAAUGGUAAAAUGUUCGAAAAACAGAGUGACUGACACCUUAAACAUUGGUUUAUGAAGUAAUUAUACGUGAUUUGUUUAUUAAUCUUGAAAGGAUGCCGAGGGGAGAGCACAGGCCUAGCGUCCUGUUGUCCCGGGAAGAGAAUGAGCAAGUUUUCAAUCUUAUUGGACCAAAAUGCCAGAGUUUAGCAACGGCAGUGGUCCAGCUGUUCACGACCGAGGGCCCGGGGCACUCGGAAUGGAAAAAGGUGGACACGGGGGUGCUCUGCCUGGUGAAGGACAACGGGCGGAGGUCCUACUUCUUCAGGAUAUACUGCUUGUACAGGAAGAUCAUGAUUUGGGAGCACGAGGUCUACCUCCAGAUAGAGUACAAGAGUCCGAGGCCGUAUUUACAUACGUUUGAGGCUGAAGAAUACAUGACGGCAUUCAACUUCGCGAACGAGGAUGAAGCGAAAAUAUUGAGGAAUAUUCUCAUCGAGAGGAUCGAGAUGAGGAAACAGAGGCGGCAAGAACGGCGGCAGCGCUCAAUGAUGGCGGUGCGAGCGAACUCGGGAGGCGCCGCUAACACGCGGCCGAACGGUGUCACGCCGCCCCCCGCGCCUCCGCCCGUGCCCGCAGCCCCGCUAGCGCCGAAACCAUCAUUCACUUCUAACUAUGCGUUAAAAGGCACCAACAAGAAGCCAAAAGGGAGGAAGUUGACGAAGGCCGACAUCGGAGUGCCGCACGGCUUCAAACAUGUCUCCCACGUCGGGUGGAACUCCACCACAGGUUUUGACGUGGAAAAGCUACCUGACGACGACGAAAUGCGCACAUUCCUCAUCAAGGUUGGAGUGUCGGACAUGCAGCUACAAGACCAAGACACCAGGCAGUUCAUAUACGACUUCAUCACCGCCAACGGAGGCAUCGACGCUGUGAAGAAGGAGCUCCACGAGACCAAGCAACCCAGCAAAGGCUACAGUGAGAGCGUGUCCGCAGCGCCCCCCGUCCCGUCGCGCAGUCCGGCGCCGCCGCUGCCUUCGCAACCGCCGAUGCCGCCUUCCCGCGCGCCCCCGCCGCCACCCGCGCCCCCGCUGCGCGCGGUGCCGCCCCCGCCCGCCGCGCCGCGCGCCCCGCCCCCGCGCCCGCCCCAACCGCCGUCAAGCGCGCCCCCGUCCGUGCCUCCCCCGCCGCCGCCGGUCGCGAGUGUCGCUCCCCCCGCGCCGCCGCCCCCCGCGCCUCCCGCGCCGCCCCCGCCACCGCCGCCGCCCGUCGCGCCCGCCGACACCGCCGUGCCGGCAGAUGCAAGGGCCGCCCUCAUGGAGAGCAUACGGAACGGGAACAAGAUGCUCAAGCCGGUGGAGCCCGCCGCGACGUCGGCGCCGAAGGUUGACGACAGCAGGAGCAACCUGCUCAGCGAGAUCCGCCAGGGGACGCAGCUCAGAUCCGUGGCGCUGCGCGAGCCCAAGGCGGAGCUGCCGCGCGCGCCGCCGGACGGGCUGGCGGGCGCGCUGGCCAAGGCGCUGGACGAGCGCUCGCGGGUCAUGCACUCCUCCGACUCCGACUCCGACACCACCAGCGACGGCGAGUGGGACGACUGAGCCGCUGGCGCCGCACAUCACGGUCGCACAAACGAGGAAUGGUAAUUAUAAUAUCCUAUUGUGCCUAUAAAUUAAUUAUUCGUUUAGCACUCGAUGUAACAUAGCUUUUAACACCCACUUGUUAAACGACACGAUUUUCAACUGUAUAAACUUUGAGCGACACGAUGCGACCAACUGUUUUAGCUUUAAACCAAUUGCGACACGAUACGAUGCGAAACGUUGCGACUUUUUAGAAUUAGGAGCACACACAGCAACACGGAAACGAAAUUGUUUAUUAAGAUGUGACGUUGAAGGUUCAUUUUCAUUUGUCGAUUGUGGUCUUUGGGUCUGUUCCCGAACUUUGAGGGUAUAUAUGAGACUUGUAAACGAUUGUUAAUAGAAUAAAUCGAUUUUAGUGAUAAGGUUGCAUUCUGCUGCAAUGUUUACACAUACAUACAUAUACAUGUGGAUUUUCUGUAAUUCAUUUUGGUGCAAUAAAGAGUUAUUGUAUUAUUAAUCCCCCGCUGGCCACAAAGAACAAAAUAGUCGCGCCGCGUCGAGUCGCAAUUGAGUUCAGAAGGAGACCUACUUAUAUGUAUAUAAAAAACAACAGACCACAAAGAAUGCGUUUAUUAUGUAUAGUAAAAUUAUAAGAUUUUGUUCUGGAUAUAAGUCAGUGAUUGAAAGAAAUUUGGGAGUUUUAUUAAUUAAAAUGAUAGCAAUGAUUAGCUCAAACUGAAGCUCAUUGAUAGAAGAUAAUGUUAUUGAAGUAUAUAAAAAAGAUUGAAGCGGCAAGAAAUUACAAAAUGGUUUUCCGUUUAAAUAAUCACACAGAGAAACUUCAAAUUACAACGUAUUUUUUAUAAAAUGAUUAUUAGAUAAUUAUAAUUUCUAUAUGCUAACAGAAAAAUGACGCGACUAUUUAUGCUAUUUUAUUUUUAAAUAAUGAUUUAAGUAAAACGGUAUUUAAUUCAACUUUGAUUGUAACAGUAUUAACCAGAAAAUAACCUGGAAAAAACAAUAUUAUGUUUCCUACAUUGAAGAAGAAAUACAAUACCGGUUCUCCCUGGUCUUCUACCAUUUUAUGUAUAACUGUGUUUUCCUUUUUAGUCAAUAAAAUUGGUUUUACUUUAUACACCAUCAAACGCAUAUCAAGUUACCCUGUAUGAACUCUACUACACGGUAAUAGAGGUGAAUUUGUAAUUGGUUGAAUUGCGAAUUUGGGUAGGUUUAUAUGAUUUUGAUUUUACCAUUCUUUAAUAUUCUAGAUUAACAUUUAGACAAAAAUAUUCACUUUUGAUGGGUGUAUCAAGAUGAGUACGAUAACAAUACCGUUUUAAGUAAAAGUUCCACACAUAGAUUAAAGACUAAAUAGACGGCGCGUAAUAGACUUUUAAAAUGUCAAAUAGUACCUUUUGUCAUCAUUCAUAAAAAAGCAUUUACGCAGUAACAACCGAUGAGGUUACGGUCGCGAAUAAUGGAAAGAAGUGAUUGUUUUAAUUCAAACAAUCAGCUUCUGUGAUAACGCAGUUGUAGGCAUUUUAUUUGAAAAAGUCCUGUGACAAAAAUGGACGUACUAACGGAAGAUCAGGUUUGGUACUGCCGAUAAUAUAAUAAUAAAUAAAGUGAUAAUAAUCUGUUAAAUGAGUAACGGUGACUUAAAGAAUGUCCUUGUCUAACAUGUAACCUCGUCUCUUUCUCACUAACCCAAAUCUGAUCGUCUGUUAGGUACCACUCAAGAUGAAAAAUAGUGAAGAGUGAUAAUUAAAAAGAAGUGCCAAGUGUUAGGUUAGAGCUCAGUGCCUAUCGUGUGUACAUUUAAUUCCAAAAAUGAGCUGCCUAUUGUCAUUUAUAUAGCUGUAUAUAUCAUAUUGAUAAUCAUAACAAAGGACGGCUAUAGAAAAUGUCGGUUUGACAGUUUAUUUUUUUUUGGAACGAGGUCUUUAAUAUUGACGUAUCGAGAGAGGUUUGAAAAGGGAAUUAUCUUCAGCAAUUGACAUACGGCGGAAAUAUUAUUUUUUGAAUGAAGAAUUCAAGUCUAGUAUAUAAGGUCUUUUCUUUUUCUACUUUGCUGAAAAUGAAUUGGAAUUUAUAUCGAACCUAGUAGAGAGUUAACAACUAGUCAAUGUGGUCAUUGCAAAAAACAUGACGGGCACCAUUAAACAUGGCAGUGCAAAGCUUUCUUUACUAUUUUUACUCUUACGAAGCCGCCAUUAGAGAAAUUGAACCCCCUUUGGUCUAGCCAUGGCGCUUUAACGUUUAUUUGUUGUUGGCUACAUAAACAUAAACGCUCAUCUCUAUGAGAAAAAAUAAUUUGAAGAAUUUUAAUUUGGAGACUCUUCUCCAAAUUAUUUUUUUCAUUAAUUGUCAUUUUUUUAUUACUGUAUUUUGAAGAGUGGUGCACUGCUAACCGUGUCAACUAGAUGCAGGCAUAAUCAUAACUUUUUUGUCUAAAUCUUACUAUAACAUCGUAUGAAGUGCACACACAUUAAUAUUUUUAUGCACCAUUGAAUAUACAGUGUAACUUUGGUGAAAUAACAAAAAACCUAAAUU